UACCACACUGCAUGCAGCACAGACUCAGAAGAAACUCCAGAGACUCCAAGAUGCUGGUUGUCUUGUUCACAGCGGCCUUGCUAGCCCUGAACUCUGUUCAGAGCUUCAGUGAAGCAUUCCCCCAUGGUCCUCCUCGUCACCAUGAUUUGGGUCCUAAGCAUGGUCCACCUCAGCUAGGCCCACCACAGCAAGGCAGAUCUCAGCAAGGCCCACCUCAGCAAGGCCCACCCCAAAAAGGCCCACCUCAGCAUGGUGCACCCCAGCAAGGCCCACCCCAACAAGGCCCACCCCCACAAGGCCCACCUCAGCGUGGACCACCCCAGCAAGGCCCACCCCAACGUGGCCCACCCCAGCAAGGCCCACCUCAGCGUGGACCACCCCAGCAAGGCCCACCCCAACGUGGCCCACCCCAGCAAGGCCCACCCCAACAAGGAGGCCAACAACAGAACCAAGGCCCUCAGCAAGGAAACCAGCAAGGCCCACCCCAACAAGGAGAUCAACAGCAGAACCAACACCCUCAGCAAGAAAACCAGCAAGGCCCACCCCAACAAGGAGAUCAACAGCAGAACCAAGGCCCUCAGCAAGGAAACCAGCAAGGCCCACCCCAGCAAGGAGGCCAACAGCAGAACCAAGGCCCUCAGCAAGGAACCCAGCAAGGCUCACCCCAACAGGGAGGCAGACCUCAAGAAUCUUCCCAGGACCAGGAUGCUGAGUAAUCAAAGAUACAUUAUUAGAUAAUGAGUAAGAAAAUACUGGCUUUGGUGGAUUGGGCAACUGGAAUAAUGUGGCCAUAAUCUAUCAUUUUAAUAACAAUAAAAUCAUAAGCAUACCA